AUGGCGGCGAUCCGGGCGGACUCGUUAACUCCCAUUCUGAACCUAGCAGACAACCCACCUCAAUACGUAAACCCCAACGCCCCGAUAUUGUCCUCCUUGAUUCUAUACAUAGUCCGAGUACCCAGCAGCCAAGACCUCUUCUUGACAACUCUCCAUCCAUUACAGUCUACCGUCACAGCAGAAGAUAUAAACGCCAGCCUGUACUACAUCCACGUUGAACCGGUCGUUAACACAAGCCAUAUUUCCCCCUCGACCCUUUCACCACCGCUGCCCCGCCCGCCCUCUCACCGCAGGUGGUCUUCACAAUCCAUAACGGGGUCCAGACAUUCCUCCCGCUCCCCGGCACGUCCGAUCCCAACAAUGACGAUCGUACGUCGUGAUCUGGCGUCAGGUGCUCAGUGGAACGUAGCAAGGAUUUCCUCCCCCGGCAGCACAGAGGAGGAUGCACAGAGGAUCCUGGUAGAUAUUAUGACGGCGGGGUAUCAGCGGUUCGUGGAGCCGGCUAUGGACUGGGGCGAGCGCGUUUCUGUCAAUUUUAGGCGGGAAAUGUGGAUCGAAGGGACGGGGUUCUGGUCACGGGUUAAGAACAUUGGGCACAAGAGGGGGAGGAGCACAAGCACUAGUUCUGACUCCCGCGAAAAGGCAAGUACGGCUGCGGCGCCCACGAGUGAGAAAAUGAAGAAGAGAGGGUAUGUAUUUGAUGCGCUGUGGAGUCCGGGAAAGGGGGAAGAGCGGGGGAGAUGUGGGUUCAAGGAUGAGGGGGGGGGCAAGUUCUUGAAGGUGUGAUAUCCCCCCAUUGCCAGCCCCCCAUCUGGAAGAGAAUUGACAGUGAGCAGUGCAAAUACUACCCUCCAACGCACCCCUCCAAAUCUUCCCUGCUCAGUGUGCUAGAAUUCAAACUCCCGUCCACCACCGCCCUCUCCGCCGCUCCGGGGAGGGAGGCGCCCGAGGUGAUCACCAGCAGUAAAUCGAAACUGGGAAUGCUGGUCUGCCACAGCGACGGUCUUUACAUGAUGGAUCUACUUGUAGCAGCGAACAUGGCGGUAUUCUGGAAGCGUUGGGAGAGCUGGGCGUUGGAGAGGUCGGCCCUGGGUGGUCACUGAUUUAUCCCCUAACCAUUUCCUCUGUUUAGUGCGAGUGUAGGGCGGGCCGAGUUGGGAGGAACAAUGAAAUGCUUCUGUUUAUAGGAUCUUCGACGGAGUGCCAAGAGAGGCGAGGUUAUCGUUACAUAACGCAAUCCCACAAUAUCGUAGUAAAAUAACUAGACAGAUGAAGCCCG